AUGGAUGACUUGCUGGAUCUCGAUUUUGAUGCGUCUAAAAAACCUUCAACGCCUUUGCAGCCUGCAUUGACGCAACCGUCAGUUGUUACGUCUCGGUCGUCUUCUGCAAUUCCAUCCAGCACGACACGGACACCACAAGCUUCUGCAGAUCCGUUCGCAACGUUGUUCGAGAAGCGGGUCAAGAAGCAGCCUCUUGCCGCUCUUGAACAGCAGAUGAAUGCUGCUUCUGCCUCUCCAAAACCCGCUUCUCAGCCCCAGGAUUUACUUUUGGACUUGUCAGCCUUGGAACAAUUGUCUGUUCACACCAGCAAUGAUUCCGCCAGCAAGGCCCAGUCUUCUCAAAUAAUUGAACCGCAGGACAAUGCUGCUGCGUCCAUCCAAGUUCCCGUUCCGUUCAAACAAACCGAUUUGUCCCACGUGAUGAUGGCUAAUAGUAUUGGACAACAAAUGCUGCAUAGCGCUUCUCCUUUGGACGACUCCAUUUCCCAUUCCGUUCCUCCUCCAGCUGAACAGACGCCCAGUUCUACUCCUGCUGCAACUCAUGCCCCUCCGGCUUCGGCGCCUGUCUCUCCUUCCAUUGUACGACACUUGCAGCACAUGGGUUUUGAGAAAGCACAAGCGGAGCGUGCUUGUAAACAUGCUGACUCCGUCGAAGAAGCAAUUGAUUACAUUCUUAGUGAGCGCGCAGCAAACACGCACACACCUCCUCAAAAACAAACCUCAACUCAAUCGUUUACCUUCCCUAAAAAUGACUUUCAAAGCAGCGCCUCCGAGUUAGGUCGUAAUCUCCUUGCAAAGGCUACCGAUCUUUGGAACAUUGGUCGACAAAAGUUUCGUGAAGCAGUUGAAAACUCGCACAGGCAAUCGUCAUCUCAACCGCGUUGGAUGGAACAAGCCGAACGUUACAGGCCGUCCACACCUACUCGGCCUGUCUCUCCGCGACGAACAAAGACACCGUCUGCAAAAGUUGUUGAAGCUGCAACCCCAUCAUUGUUUGAUUCAUUCACACAACAAACAUCCUCUUCUCCGUCAUUGCUAUCUAGUGUAAAAACUCCAAAAACUCCAGUCGAAACCGUGCCCGAAAAGGUCGCUCGUACGGAGGCAGUUCCCGAAACAGUAACUCAAAUGCAACAAGAAGGAAACGAGCUAUUCCGGCAGGGAAAUUUUGACCAAGCCAUUGUGCUCUUUACAAAUGCUCUUCAAUUACUUCCUCCUCAGCAUGCGCAGCGUGUUUUACUUCUCGGAAAUCGUGCUCUUGGUUACCUGAAAAUAGGUGAUGCUCGCCGCUGCCUACAGGACUCCCAAGAAGCCACAUCCAUUAUCGGAGCGGGUGAAGGAGAAGGUCAGCUGUUACAGAACAAGGAUGCAAGUGAUCUAUUUGUCAAAAACUCCAUCCGAAAGGCACAGGCUUACGAGAUGCUAGAACAAUAUACGGAAGCACUUGCGACGUGGAAACACCUAUUUUCUCGUGGAAAGACUUCUAAAGUUGUGCUCGAAGGCAAGACCCGAUGUGAACGUGCUCUCAAUCCUCGAGCAAACGCUACUGCACCGACACGCUCUUCUGUUUCAACAGCGUCUACCCCAGCACGGACACGACCUCCUUCAGCAACAACCGUUCCGGUUACAGAAUCAGAGGCCUUUAAACACACGCAGGAACACUUUGCGGCUGCGGAGAGACAGGAUCAGGAACGUGACAAAAUCAGAGACGAGGUUUUGUCUACAGUUGAUCAAUGGAAAGCAGGAAAAGAGGACAACAUACGCGCACUCUUGGCAUCUCUCCACACAAUUCUAUGGCCAGAAUGCUCUUGGAAAACAGUUCAGUUGUCGGAGUUGGUGCUUCCGAAGAAGGUGAAGAUUGCUUACAUGAAAGCAAUUAGCAAAGUCCAUCCCGACAAGCUCGCAAAAGACACAUCUCCUCGCAACCAGUUCCUUGCGGAAUCGGUGUUUAGUAUCCUUAAUCGUGCCUGGGAUACUUUUCGUCAAACUAACCAAAUUUAA